AUGGUAAGCAGUGAGAAGGGUGGCAGAUCAUCUUUGGCGAUCCUCAUCACCUUAAUUCUUGCUGGAAUGGAAACUACUGCCGAUUCGUAUGUGUUGUUUACACUGAUUGAAACGUGUAUAGAAUGGUUGAAGGGAAUCGUUCCAUCUCCUCAUUGCCGGGACGACCUCAUUGAACAUAUUAUUCCUACGCUCUCGAAGGAGACGAGUUUAACUAUCAGCUUAGUGUCAUUGAUAGCUGUUGCAUUUAAGCACCUUGCGGAAGAAAGUAAGCAGUUGAAGCUACUUGUCAAUUUUCUUUAUCAACUGUUGGAGCUUUACGCAUUUAAUGAGUGGAUUGUGCACGACGCAGUGGAUUGUGCACUUCUUCAAAUUGCAACGACUAUGGGUCUGUCGGUGUCUGAAUUCCUUCAUACACAUGGGUCGUAUAUCGUUCAUCGUGUCGCGAUAUCCGCUCAGUCUCGCUCUGAUCGCAACCGAGCUCCUGUAGUGUUCAGAGCUCUUCUGGAUAAAGUAGAUGAUAGUCGAUUGUACAGCAGUGUGAGGCAUAUUAUAGAGGACUUAUUGUUUGCACUGGAUAAAUUCCAGCAGGAUUUCUGCAUCUUGGUCAUGCGCUCCAUGUUAUCCUUCGUGAUGGCCAUAGGCAGAUGGUUUCCUGAUAUGAAGCCGGUGGAAAUGGCAGAGAGCUGUACUAUUGAAAAUGGAAAUGAAGAAAUUUUGGAAACGGAAAGAAAGGCAUUGCCACCACCCAUAGCAGAUGUCGAGCGCGUUUUGUUGAGGACUAAGCAUCUCAUGUCAUCGUCUCAUCUUCCUAUACGAUUGUUAGCAAUGAGAGUUCUUCAUGAAGGUUUAUACGUACUUCGGAAUUUCGACGACGCUUUAUUACCUAUGGUGCAUCAAAACUGGGAAACGCUGAUCAACAGGUUUUCAGACAAGGAUUUAGAAGUGCAUCAAGAAGCUAUGAAGGUUGUGAUUCAGAUGGUCAAUGUAUCAAAAUCUUUUGUUUAUCGGCGAGUGCGACAUCAGUUGUGGCCUAUUCUAGAAACGUGGUUGACCCACGACCUGCAUAGGUACACAACAGGAACGCUGACGUACAAACGUCGUCUGCUGAUUAUUCGAAGGUAUUUCUGGUUCAUCAUGGACUGUGAACGACACUUGCCGCUCUUUGUGCAAGGAAGAGUUGUUACUGGUUUUGGAAGAGGUGGUAAGCAGUUGGGGUGUCCCACGGCCAAUCUAGAAGAGGCGGUUGUUCAAGCAUUACCAGCCGAUCUCCCUUGUGGUGUUUUCUACGGCCUCGCUAGAAUAAAAGGGAAGCAGGUUGUCCAAAUGGUGGCAAGUGUCGGCUGGAAUCCUCACUAUCAAAAUGAAAGAAAAACUUUGGAAGUACAUCUUCUUGAAAAAUAUGAUCACGACUUCUACGGCUCUAUGAUUGAAGUUCUUCUAAUGGGAUAUAUACGUUCAAUGUCCGCCUAUGUUAAUUUAGAAGCACUACGAGAUGCCAUCAAAUCUGACAUUUUGUUCGCUCAACAAGCAUUAGCAAAUGUCGACACUGCCUACUACGUUUCACAAUAUUUUCGUGAAGAUAGUUAA